GAGAGUAGAGCAACUAUAAAAAACAAGGCCUUACUUAGUUCACCGUCCUUAAUUAAUUUUGUAUAUAUGGAACGGAGAAAGUAACUUAAAAUCCAUAGGAUAGUGGAGUAGUAAGAUACCAUGCAAGACCCACCAUGCAAAUAUAUUAAUGUUUUUUUUUUUUUUUUUUUUUGAAUCGCAGAUAUAUGGAAGUACAAAUAGAAAGAAGCCAAUCGUUUGCCAUAACAAAGCUAUAUCAUGCAACUUUUGAGGGAGACGUGCAAUCCUUGAUAAAAUUGCUCGAAGAAGAUCGACUUAUCCUCAAACGAUGCAUCAAUCAAAGAUCGAAACACUUGAUGAAGUCGCCGUUACAUGUAGCAGCUGAAAUGGGGCAUUUAGAGAUUGUCAAAACCUUGCUCGUGGCAAGUCCUAACAUGUGUUUUGUGCGCGAUCAAGAUGGGAUGACCCCGAUUCAUGUUGCUGUGGUACAUAAUAACAUCGAUGUGCUUGAAAUGCUUUAUAAUGCGAAUCCUCACGUAGUUCGUGAACGAACCAAUGGAGGUGAAUUUGUGUUACAUUUGUGCAUCAAGCAUAAUAAAGAGGAUUCUUUGAAGGUUUUGUUGAGUUUAAUUGAUGACGAAUUACUCAACUCUAAGGAUAGUGAUGGGAAUACUGCCUUGCAUCUUGCAGUGAUCGGUAAUCAAAGUAAGAUGGUAAAAAUGUUGUUAGAACGCCCAAAGAUUGAAGUAAACGCAAUGAACAAAAAUGAGAUGACAGCUUUGGAUUUACGUAUAUUCCUAAAAUUAGAAAAUAAUUUCAAAGAUGUGAGUAAUUUUCUAGUUGAAUGGCCUAAUGAUGAACAGAUUGGACCGUCCCUAGAACUAGCCAACGCGUUACAGGCAAGACAUGAACUAAAGAUCAAAAACAGAAUUAAUUGGGUAGAAAAUCAAAGCAACGCGCUAAUGGUGGUGGCGUCUCUAAUAGCAACCAUGGCAUUCUCAGUCGCAACGAAUCCACCCGGAGGCUUUUGGCAAGACACUCAAAAUGGUCAUCAUAAAGCAGGUCAUUCUAUUGAAGAUGAUUAUGACCAAUUUUGGUUUAAUAAUCUAGUGAUUUGGAACACAAUAGCAUUGGUUUCGUCGUUAAGUGUAAUACUUCUCCUUAUUAGUGGUCUUCCCUAUGGAAGAGUCUUUGUGGGAAUUUUGAGGAUAACCAUGUGGAUUGCGGUUACAGCAACAACCGCGACUUAUGGAAAAUCCUUGUUUUUAACCAUUUAUAGUGAAGCUCCAACAGCAAAUACUACCUUAUUUUGGGUAGGCGUGCUGGUGUUGAUGCUCCUCGGACAUGCCAUUCUCUUCGCGGUCAAGUGUAUCAAUCGACGACCCAAAUUAAGGGCAAGGAUACUCAAAUUGUUCAAACUAUGGUUUGCAUAACUUGUUUACCUUACACUAAUGUAUGGUAGUAUUAAAAAAAACUACCACCUUUAAUUUUUAGUUGCAACAAAGGAAUAUUUUAUGUAUCACAAUACACAAAUAAUACCUUUCUUGCAACUAAAAAGUAACAGUGGUGGUAUAAUUAGGACUUGUUUGGUUGACAAACAAAUUCAUGGGAAUUUAGAAUUCCUAGGAAAUGAAUAUAUGCACACUUGCUUGGUUGCCAAUAAUGUAGGAAUUGAAACUUCCUAGAAAGUUCUACUUCCCACAAAAUAGAGGAAUUCACUUACCUAGUCCCCCCUAGGUAAGUGGAACUUCCCAUGGGAAGUAGAAAUUCCUACAUCCAACCAAACAAGUUUUGGGAAUUCUUAGGAAUUACAAUUUCAUAGGAAUUGAGAUUUCAUGGGAAAUUCUACUUCCUAUAUCAAACCAAACAAGCCCUUAUUUUUUUAUAUGAUCUCAUUUACUCUGAUUUGAACUUGAUUGAUUGGCAUAUUCUUCUCAAAGUACACCCAAAUAUACUUGAUUUUUCAUUUUCCAUGUAUGAAUAUUGUAGCACGUAAUAUGUAUUAUGUAAUAUGUUUAUUGGAAA